GCGGCCUUGGGCAUCAAAAGGGGGCAGGGCGGGGAGUGGAAUGAGAUCGCCCAGCAGCGCAUCGAGACAUGGCUGCUCACCGCCCGGCGCCGGACGUUGCAAUCGAAUGUUCCGCAGCUCGCCUUGGAGGACAAGUCGGGCUCCCCCAAGAGGAAGAAGGCAAGCAAGCCUGGCAGCACGGCGGUGUUGCUGGAGGAGGAAGUGAAGCGCCGCGAAGCCCAGGCAAAGAACACGGAGUUGGAGACCAAGGUGGCCGAUUUGGAGGCGGAGAAUGCCAAGCUUAAG